AUGUUCUCCUUCUCCCGCAUGAUCACCUCCGUCUCGGCCGCGCUGGCGUUGGCCUCUGUGAGCAGCGUCCUCGCUGUUCCCGUUCCCAACCAGGCCGCCCCUCUGGCUUCGCGGGCUGUUUCGAUCCCCAGCCCCGCGUUUGUCGUCUACACCGACCGAUUUAUAUCUGCCGACGUGCUCCCUCCUGUCGAUCAGAUCGCCGGCUUCAACGUCGUUGCGCUCUCCUUCCUCACCCUGCAAGGUGCUCUCGACCAGGCGGGUGCUUACGCAGCACUUGCUCCUGACGUGAAAGCUGCGAAGAAGGCAGAGUACGCCAAUGCCGGCAUCAACCUCAUCGUCUCCGCCUUCGGUGCGACGGACAAGCCCACGUCGUCGGGCGCAGACCCGAUCGGCACGGCCAACACGUUCGCGCAGUUCGUGCUCACGAACCAGCUCGACGGCAUUGACGUCGACUACGAGGAUCUGGACGCCAUGAACAAGGGCGACGGCGCGGCGGAGGCGUGGGUGACCACCUUCACCUCGACCCUCCGCCAGACGCUCCCCCAGGGCCAGUUCAUCCUCUCGCACGCGCCGCUCGCCCCGUGGCUCUCGCCGAACGCCCAGUUUGCUGCUGGCGCGUACGUGACGAUCAACAAGAACGUUGGCUCCUUGAUCGACUUCUACAACAUCCAGUUCUACAACCAGGGUCUCUACCUCGACUGUGCGGGUCUGAUCACGACCGCCGGUGCGCCGUUUACCGGCUCGGCGCUGUUGGAGAUCCCCAAGAACGGCUUCGACCUGAACAAGCUGGUGAUCGGCAAGCCCGGCGGGUUGAGCGACGCGACGAACGGCUUCAUCGACCCGGCGACGCUCGGCACGUGCAUCGAUCAGGCGCACGCUGCGGGGUGGAAAGGCGGGGUCAUGGCGUUCCAGUUUCCGAACGCCAACGCCGACUGGAUCCGCGCCGCGAAGGGCACGUCGUUCCAGUGA